CCUGUACCUGCAUUAAUCGUGACAAAUCGUUUCUCUUUGAGAUCUUUUUUUAUAUAUAGACUAAAAUAUAUGAAAGAGAUAAUUUCAAAUGUAAGAUAACUUUGUAUUAUUCUAGCAUGCACCUAAAUAAAUAAGAAGAUUAGAAUGUUAGGGAUUAUCCACUGCAGAGAUUAUGUUAAAACCACGUCUACCUGUAGUAGUGGGGAGUAUGCACUUUCUUAACUGAGCAAUAUACACAUUCCGAUAAUCUCCACUAAUCCGUCUGGAUCAUCGUGUCAAUCCAACUCAGGACUUAUCCAGACAUAAGCUUUCUUCUGUGCAUGUAUAUUAAACUUUUGAGUUUUCUCAUUAUGAUUUGAUUCAAAGCAUUUACAACAAUAUUACCGAAUCUGAAAUGGGAGGAGUUGAUUAAAGACCACACGGUACCAAGAGAUCUUUCCGUUUUCAGUUCCAUGCCGUCAACAGAAAAGAUGAAGAGAUUAUUUGAACGUCAUUUUUCCAAAAUAGUGUCCGCAGGAAUCGUAGGCAGUGUGCCUUUACUUCAGAUAGGAGUGGUCUACAGACUGCUGUGGGUCCCGGAGAAGCGGCCAGUCAAUAAGCGCGUGUGUCGCUGUAGCUGCUUUGACACCAUCUUCAAAGGUACUUAUGAGAAUGGCGGCAUUGUUCGAUACAAGCACCUGUACUUCAACGCAACUUUCCAAACCUUGGUCAUCUGGAUAACGUUGCUGGCCAGCACAAUUGUAACAUACGAAACUUUGAGUCGUCUGCUAGGUCUUUUCCGGAAGAAAAAAAUCCGAUGGCGAAUGUUUAUCCUUUUUGUUGCUAACCUAUACCCAAAUUACUUUUCAUUAUGGACUUUCUUGAAUUAUAUUAACGAUGGAUUUUACGAAUAUUUCAUGCAUCAAAUAUUUUUCACAACGACAGAACUAUUUUCGACAUGGAAUAUAGUCCGGAUGUGUUCAGCCGAGGCAGACGUUGAAGCUUGGCGGAUAAAGACAAUCGUUGCUGUUGGUUGCAUGCAUAUUGUUAUAGGGGGUGUAGAUCAAUUCUUUGAACAGUUGAUUCUUUGGAAAGGAGAUACCUCGCAACAGAUGAGAAGUUUGUUGCUGGUUGCUCUCGAUGUGUUGCAUGUGGUGUUGCCGUUAAAGGAGCUAGCGAUAAUCCGGAAUUCAACAUUGAAAAGUUGUCUGACUAGGAGGGAGAUGGGUGAAAUAUUUAUCUGUAUUCUAUUUGGAUUCAUCGUUGGAAAUUCUAUCUUUAAAGACGCAUAAUCGCUGCUGGGCUCAUUGCAUUGCAUGAAAACUAUGUAUUUGAAUGUGAAAGUAAAAAAUAAAUUUAAGUUUUUAAUUUACUUUCACUCGAUCAAUGCUGUUGUUUUAUAUCCUUUGCAUUCGUUAAUUUUAUAACAUCUUUACAAUAAGUGACUGUUUCCAAUAAAUGUGAAGAAAGACGUUUUGAUUUAUAUUCUGUCCCAAGUUAUUGCUUCCAUCGCUUUUUGAUGAUUUUAAAUAAAAUUACACAUACCUGUGAAAGAAAUACACUUGAAAUCGUUAAAAGGGAAUAUAUCCAAGAUAUCUUCAUUGAACAAUCUCUUUCCACUCAGAAAAAUUCACAGGAACGAAAACAGAUUCCUUACGGAGAAUUAUAAUGGGGAAUGUUUACAUCUUUUCUCCAUUCGGAAUACACUCGGAAUACAUCCCUUAAUUUUUUAACGUUAUCAUCCGGGCUUAUUAAUGGCUGUUGCAAUGCAAAAUCUCCGUAGACUUUCAAUUUCGGGAUGUGUAUUGAAAUCUGAAGCGGUAGAGGGGGCGUUUCAAAACAGAUAAUCUGGACAUUUUUUAUACUAGUGGAUGAACGUAGUUUGAGCACAAAGGUAUUAAUUUUACUAUUAUUGAAAUAUCAAGCAAAAAGUGGUGAAAGCAAAAACUCGGGACAGAGUAUAGUAAGUCGAAGCGCAGGCUCUGUGUUAAUGACUGAAUGUUGAACUCGUUCAAACGGUUUUCAUUAUGGAAACAAACACUUUUUUCGUUCACUGCCAUAUUUGACAGCGUCAAAUUCUCAUUCAUUCUACAAAUGCAUGCACCAAGAUAAUAACAUAAUUGUAAAUUUAUGUUUACAAAAGCGAAUGAUAAAA